CAAAACAAUACUUCACCAUUCAUGGGCUCUAGCCAUCUAGAAAUUCUAGAGGAGACAAAACGUGUUGUCCACCAUAAAAUCCCAUCACCGAUGAUAUACUUAAAACAUUAAAGGGGGAUUUGUUGGAAUAUUGGCCAGCUUUAGAAGAUGCGUCCAGCUUUGAUAAGGGCAAGGAGUUGUGGGGAAGACAGUGGUUGAAGCAUGGAACUUGUUGUCAGGAAAAAUACAAUGCAAAAGAUUACUUAAAAUUGCAACUCAAUCUGCUCAGAAAUAUUCUAAACUUAUUUUGGAAACGAUGAUAAAGAAAGAUAUCCUUCCUGAUGGAACGAUGACGUACGAGGCAGAUAAAGUACUGCAAGCAAUUGAGGAAGCCACAACAAAAAAGGCAGCCAUAACAUGCAAGAAAGACAAGUCUGGUAAACUACAAUUCUUUGAGAUUCGGAUCUGUGUUACAAAAGCUGGAAUCAGUUUACAAGAUUGCACAAAGGCAAGCGCCACUUGUACUGCUGCUCCUUUCAUCUUUGCCUCACCACCAUCACCACCUCCUCCACCACCUUUGCCGAGAUUUGUGUCAUCAAUCUGGGAACUGGAGGAAGCAGUCGAGCUAUAAUCACAGAGCAACAAUGAUGGAUCGUAGAAGGAAAUGAAGAAAGCAACUGAAUUAAAUAAAGGGCCAGGUUAUCUAGCUGGCUUGUUGCCUGAUGUAAUAUAAUGAAUAAAUUA